AUGUCGUGUGUUCACUACAAGUUCUCCUCCAAACUGGACUACAACACGGUCACGUUCGAUGGGCUGCACAUCACCUUGAGUGAGCUCAAGCGGCAGAUCAUGUCCAGGGAGCGCCUCAAGGCCACAGACUGCGACUUGCAGAUCACCAAUGCGCAGACACGAGAAGAAUAUACGGACGAUGAAGCUCACAUCCCCAAGCAUUCGUCCGUGAUCGUCCGCAGAACGCCGAUUGGCGGCGUCAAACCAGCUGGCAGGACGUUCAUUGUAGAUCGUUCUGACACGUCAAUGGCGGGAUCGUCGAGACCCACCGACUCCUCACCUUCUAUGUCUCUCGCCCAACUCACCAAGACUGCUAACCUGGUUGACGCGAAUGCAUCUGAGGAAGACAAGAUUAAAGCCAUGAUGACUCAGUCCAACCAUGAAUAUGACCCUAUUCAUUACUCCAAGAAGGCAGUCGGACCGCCACCAGCUCACUACCUCUGUUACCGUUGCGGAAAGACCGGUCACUACAUUCGGCAGUGCCCCUUGCUCGUGGUCCAGGAUAAAAAUUUGGAGGCUCUAAAGCAGGUGAGAACCAGCAAAGGGAUUCCUCAGAGUUUCAUGGUCAAAGCUGAGCCCGGCACCAAAGGAGCCAUGUUGACCAGCACUGGAGAAUAUGCCAUACCAGCAAUUGAUGCGGAGGCAUACGCACAGGGGAAGAAGGAGCGUCCGCCAUUUGUUCCACAUGAUCAGUCGUCUUCCGAUGACGAUUCUGAUCCCAUCCCUGACGAGCUGCUGUGUCCCAUCUGUAACGAUUUGAUGACGGAUGCAGUAGUCAUUCCUUGUUGUGGGAACAGCUACUGUGAUGAAUGCAUCAGAACGACCUUGUUGGACUCUGAGGAGCACGUUUGCUUCACGUGCAAACAGUCGGAUGUUUCGCCUGACAACCUCAUUGCUAACAAGUUCCUUCGACAGGCCGUAAACAACUUCAAGAACGAAACUGGCUACACAAAACGCGGACGCAAACAAAUCCAACCUUCGGCCCCUCCUCCCCCGCGGCCUCCUCUCAUGAACAGGCCUCUCCAGUCCAGGCAGCAGGACCCCCUAAUGGCCAACAUCUCCCAACCUCCACCUCCUGUUCUGCCUCAGCCCGUUACUACCGCUAAUGUGGCAGUCCCCAAGGCUCCGACCCCGCCCAUUGCACUUCCAGCCACGAACACGCCCACCCCUACACCUUCGCCGCCCCCUCAAGCAGAUGUCACUGAGGAGGAAAGUAAAGAAACCUCGCCGGUUCCACCGCCCACGGUUGACCGCGGUUCUCCUCGGGUGUCCGGGAGCCAGGGAGAGCCUCCCCCACCGGGUGAGACAGAUGCUCCCCAACCCAUUAUAACGCCAGGCCCGCCUAAAAACACAGAAAGCAGACCACAGCCUUACAAUUUGCCUCUCCUUGGUGCUCAUCCAUCGUCUCGACCGCCGUCUCAUCUUUCAGGUCUGCAUUCCCGGCUCCACCAACCUCACAGGGACAGGGGUGGAAGACACUGGGAAAGGUCCUACAGAAGCAGAGGUGAACGCCCUUCCACCCACCUCCAGACAGCUCAGCUACCUCUCCCCACUCCUCCCCUCUAUGUGUCACCCUCCCUCUAUCCACCCCCGCCCCAGGCCUACCCGCCCCUGUACCCUGCCGGACCCGGCCUUAUCCCGCCACCUACAUUGGGUUACCAGCCUCCACCCAUGUACGCUCCUGGGCCACCAGGUGUCAACCCUCCCUGGGGAGCACCCGGUGGCCAGCCCCCUCUGCUCCCUCUGCCCUCUCCCCUCAGUCAGCCCCCUCUCUCCAAAGAAGACUUUUACAGGCAGCGGCAUCACCGACAAGACAACAUUACAUCCAAACUUGACGAGUUUACAAAAGACUUCCACAAAGAACUAAUGAAGUACCGAAAUGCACCAAAGAGACAGAAACCAUCAUAUUCUAGGUCCCGAUCGUAUAGCCGCUCUCCAUUCAGCCGCUCUUACACUCGUUCUCGCUCCAGAUCCAGAUCUAGAUCAAGGUCUUACUCGUAUACCCCGAGUAGAUCCCGAUCACGUUCACGCUCCCAUGGGCGGCCAUAUCCCCGCUCGCCUUACUCCAGACGCAAUGGCCGCAGCUAUGGACGCUCCCGAUCGAGGUCGCGCUCCCGCUCGAGAUCGUAUGGGUACCGGCGCUCAGGUACGCCACCACCUUCUUUCCGUGGUGCUGCUUGGGAAGAGACCGAAGGGGCACCACCAUACCGAUCUAGGUCUCGCUCCCGCUCUCCGGGCGGUUACCGGAAUCGCAGCCCUGGUGGACGAAAGCCACCACCGCCUGAAUUGGCGCCUUUUGAGCAGAAGGGUCUUAGCCCUGGCCAUCAGGAACACUGGAAUCGGGAACGCUACCGCCAGUGGGAGCGUGAUUAUAGGGAAUGGUACAAGAAGUAUUACAAGGACUUUGAGAACCAACAACAGCUGAUGUAUCAUCGGGGUAGUAGAGAGAGAGAGCGAGAACGGGAACGAAUAUCCCCGAUGCAUCGGGAGUACUCGCCCCAAAGCAGAGGGAGAAGUCGUCGAGAUGAGAAAGUGCCACCAACUCACAAUCCUCCGUCAUCCUCAUCAUCGGGAACUAAGAGCAACCCAAAGGUCCUGAAGACCAAGAAAGUCAAAAAGAGGAAAACCGGUGGAGAGGGCGAGCAAUCGCAGCAUUCUGUAGACAGGGGUGAUGCCACACCCGUCAGAGAUGAACCCAUGGACGACAUCCUAUCACCAAGCAAAACGCAACCGGUUGCUCCUAAACCAGCAACAUCCACGGCCAGCUCCAAGGCUCCCGCAGCUAAAAGUGCCACAACAAUGGCAAAACUCAAGACCACGCCCAAGACUGACAAGGCCAAGAAGGAAAAGGGUCAGAAGGUAAAACCCAAAGCCAAGGCCGAUGCUUCCAAAGUCAAAAGUGACAAAGUAAAGAAGAAAACUGGGGAAUCUGUGGUGAUCAAAAAGAAAGAGCCCUCUUCUGUAGCUGUUCCUGCUGCUGCCGUCGCUGCUCCAGCCAAAACUUUAAAAAGCAGCAAAGCCAAACCAGAAGAGUCCUACAAUUCAUCAGUGCCGAAAAAGGAAAAGCCUAAAAGCUCUUCUUUGAGACCACCCCUACGAAAGACACCACCACCCCUACGAAAGACACCGCCACUGUUCUCCCAUGGCCUACCUCUGCCGCAUCCGUCUCUUCAAGAAAGCAUUAGACCUGGCAAUGACAACAGAGGGCGAAGGGACAUCCCACAUGCCGCCAGCCUCCUCCCUAUCCCCCUCCCUCAUCAACAAGUACUCCCCUACCUUCACAGAUUUCCCCCACGGAUGGGUGAGGAGGGCCGCUCCCUACUCGGGUCUCCCCCUGGAAAACUUCGUAGACUGGACGGACCCGGUAUCGGAGUUGAGGUCUACUCACACCUACACGAUCCUCAUCAGCUGCCACUCCAGAGAUUCCCACAACCAUCCGACAGACCUGGUCUUCUUCCUGUCCUGGUAGGCCGUGAAAUGAUCUGGCCAGACAAAGACCGAAGCACUAUCAGAUCUCUAAUGGACUUGCCGGUCAAGCCAGUUACGCAGAGAAACAUCCCUCUGAACAGAGACCUCGGAAGAAAAGACAACCCCACCUUGGACCGUGCCUCCUUGGGAGGCCAUAAGACCACCGCGGAACGUUCUGGCACCCUCAAUAAUUCAGAUGGACCUAGUAAUUCUGAAGGUGGUGAAGCAAAGGAACGGCCGUCUUCCUCUGAUAGUGGAAUCUCCAGAGAAAAACCUGUGGUUAAAUCUGUGGUGUCUGAUAAAGAUUCUGACCGGACCUCGGGAGUAGACAGGGAGCGGGAAGGUAACUGGAGAACGGACAGAGAGCGUGACAGAGGUUCAGAUAGGGGCCGGGAAAAAGCCUCGCGGUCAGACCGAGACCGGGAUAAAGCUUCUGGAUCGAACAGAGAUCAGGAAAAAACGUCAGUGUCUGACAGAGAUCGUGAAAGAGCCUCAGGAACGGACAGAGAUCGGGAAAGGGGUUCAGACAGAGAUCGGGCUAAAGCUUCUGGCCGAGACCGAGAAAAGGCUUCUGACCGUGAUCGCACGAAAAUGUCCAGUUCAGACCGUGAUCGUGGUAAAGCCUCCAGUUCAGACCACGAUCAUGGUAAAGCUUCCAGUUCAGACCGCGAUCGUGCUAAGACAUCAAGUUCAGAUCGCGCUAAAGCAUCGAGUUCAGACAGUGAUUGCACGAAAGCUUCUGACAGAGAUGGGGAAAAAGCCACAAAUUCUGACCGAAAAGUUAUAGGAUCUGAUCAAGACAGGACUCUGCCUUCUGAGAAUGAGCGUGACAGAGAGUCAGGAUCGAGCUCAAAGAAGGUCUCUGUUGCGAAAGACGACACGGGGGAAAAGUUGCAAAAGACAGAGCGCAAAAACUCCGGAAGUGCAGUUGGUCGAUCUGUUUGCUUGGACAAGUUGACCAUCGCUGAGAAAUCGGCCAUCAGCAAGAAGGGACACAACCAGGACAAGCAGAGCACUUCUUCCGUAGAAGGCACAGAGAAAACGGCAAAAUCCGAUCGUAGUGUUUCCAAGGAGAGAGCAACAAAAAGCGGAUCAACCGGGAGGAAAUCCGAUGCUGCUUCAAAAGAAGGGAAAGAGGGGGAAGCAAAAAUUGUUCGAAGCAAACCCAGGAUCAGUCGUAAGGUCUUAUCCAGUCAACCUGCCAGUGCCACAAGUAGAUCCACUGAGGAUCCUAAACUGAAUCCUGGAGAGAAAGAGGAAGAGAAGAAGACGGACUCUUCUACCGCUUCAGAUCAUGUUACGGCUAGCCCCAAAAGUGCAGGAGAGGAGCUCCUCAUUCAGGCACCUCCUCGCUCCAAGUGGGAGCGAGAAGAUGAUGAAGAGGAGGAGGAGGAACAACAGCAGCAGCUGGUGUCUGCAAUCGCGGCUGUGGUAGUGGUUCCUCAAGAGACUCCCAAGGAGCUGUCACUUGUACCCCAAAAGAAUGAGGCAAGCCGGGUUGAUAAGAAGGUUGUAGCCAGGGAGGAGAAAAGAAGGGCGCCCAAGGAUGAGAGUAAAAGUGGCAAACCUUCCAAAGUCAAGAUUGUCCGGGAGGAGAGGAAGGCGGGUAGAGGAGAAAGGGGGUCAAAAGCAGAGGCAAGAGAAGGGAAGGAGCGUGGGUCACCUGGAAAAGAGGAGAAGAACACUAGCGGCCCAGAGCCCAAGAGACCGCGCCUGUGCUCAGACCUGGCCCGCGAAACGGACGAGGCCGCCUUCGUGCCCGACUACAGCGAGGGUGACGAGGCCUCUGACAGCAGCCCUUCGGCCAGCCAGCGCUCCAACAGCAACCGCAGCGACACGGCCUCCGGCGCUUCGGCCGGCGGGGCCGCCGCAGGGGACAAGAAGAAGAAAAAGAAACACAAAAAGCACAAGAAACACAAAAAGCACAAGAAGCACAAAGUGGCCGACAAGGAAGGCGGUGAGCAUAAGGAUCACAAACAUAAACAUAAGAAGAAGAAACACAAGAAGAGCAAAGACAAAGACACCGAGGAAGCUAAGGUCGAGGACGAGGUGCCGCAGGCCGUUGCUGAAACGAAGACCGCCGAUCCUUGA